AUGCAGGAAGGGACACUAGAUGAGGACAAAGCGUCAUACGACCAUAUUGAAUUGACAGUUAGUGAAAUUUCUAUUGACAGUGCAUAUAAAAGGGUGCUUUCAAACUCUGCAGGAGCCGUCUCUGUGUUUGUUGGGACCACAAGAGAUCAUUUUGAGGGCAAGAAAGUUGCAAAACUUGAAUAUGAAGCUUAUGAGCCCAUGGCCAUCAAAGAAUUGAGGCAAAUUUGUAAAGAUGUACGCAAGAAGCUUGAAGUUACAAAGGUAUGCAUCAUGCACAGACUUGGGGUAGUUCCGGUUGGAGAACCAAGUGUCAUGAUAGCAGUCUCAUCUGUACAUAGAAAGGAAUCUCUUGAGGCUGUACAAAUUAUAAUCAAUACUCUAAAAGAGACUGUACCUAUUUGGAAAAAAGAGAUUUAUGAAAAUGGAAUAGGAGAAUGGAAAGAGAACAAAGAAUGCAAAUGGGCAAGGAAAUGA